AUGAUCGCAGGAAACAAACGCAGCCCUCCAAUGACAACAAAAACAAUGGCUGACAGGAGCAGCCGCUGUGUGUUUCAGAAGCCGGUCUCAGAGCUGCGGGCCUCGGCAUCACCAAACACCUCCUCCUCCUCCUCCGACACGUCCACCAUCACCGCUGCUGGAUGGGAGACCGGGGAGGAGGAGGAGGACGAGGAGGAGGGGGAGAAACGGGACUACGGCGAAUUCCCGCUGAUCUCUUCUCUCUUCUUACCUGCAGUUCCUCCUCCAAAAAACGUGACGCUGAGCUGCUCAAAUCUGAAAGUCACAGCCAGCUGGGAUCCCAGCAAACAGCAUCCGCAGACCAGGUUCAAGGUCCACAUCCAGGGAUCUGCUGGGGACUCUGAGAACGAAACCACGGACCAUCACUACGAUCUGAGCCCCUUCGUCUGGGCGUCUGAAGACCGUUACUUGGGCUUCCAUUAUGUCACUGUGACAGCCAUAGUGGGAGACAACCAGUCCGAACCAGUAAAAUCCCAAACCUUCACCUUUAACACCUUAAAGCUUGCUCACAUCAUGUGCGAGUUAGAUUUUCCUCCCGUGGAUCUGGACGAAAAUGAUUCGGGGGCCACAGUCAGCUUCGUGAACCCGUUUCACUUCUACAGAGAACUGAAGCUCGCCGACAAACCGGACACCGCCGCCUUUAAAUUCAACGUCUCCUCAGACGGAGUCUCGUUGUCGAGACCUGCUGAGACCUGCACACUGGAACAGGAACAAUGUAAACGUGACAUCUCGUUUCCUGAGAAGGUGGACAAGUGCGUCAUCCUGAAAGGAUGGCUGAAUGCCGGGAAUAAUGUUGGAGAGGUGAUGUUCAGAAAGACACACCGCGUCUGUCCCAGUGUGUCAACUGAGCUCCACGCCAUAGCGCUCACUGUAAUGCUGUUCAUCCUCGCCAUCGUAAUCGCUUUGAUCGUGAUUGCCGUCUGUAAGUUAAAGGUCUGGACAAUAAAGAUGCCCAAUCUACCUGAUAUACUGAACUCAGAUCUUCAAAACUGCAAAGAGUACGACCCAAAGUACGCUCCUGUGCCCCAGGAGAGCUUCAGUCCGUUGACCGUCAGCGAGCCCUGCAAGAACCCUUCAAUCAGCUCAGAGGAGGAGAACGAUCUCCCGCCGGAUCUGGACAGCAGCGCCGGCUCCGGCAUCCAGAGGUUGUACAUGGAGGCAUACGGGAGAGGUUAUGACUCCACAGACAACUCGGAAAAAACUGAAAUCGUUUCGAUAGAUUUGGAGGAGGAGGAGGGCGAGGGGGAGGAGGAGGCGUCGGCCUACGACCGCCCACACACUCUGCAGGUGGACAUGGGUGACGGAGAAAUGAUCACAUGUUACAGCAAGUGGUGAAAGACGACUUUUUGGGGAUUAAAGUUCGUUUAAAGACAGUUUGAACUCGUCAACGUCACACUUUUUACCCCACGGCUAAUUUCUGUAAAGCCUGAACACUCAGGGAGGCGGUGACUUCGCUCCGGAGACACUCGAACCUUCGUUUUUCUUACUGCACUGUUAGAAACGCACUGACCUCCAUUUUUAAGGAUACCGUUGGUGCGACUUGUUGCUGCAGGGGAAAACGUCACAUUUAUAUCCUUUUUAUAAUUUAUUUUAAAAGAGCAGUUAACGCCGGCUCCGGUUUCCAGUCUGCUGCAGGGUUGUACACGGAGGGAGGACUUUCAAAGGGAAGCAGCAGAGGUGAGGACUCUGCAAACGACUCAGAAAAACUGACAAGUUUCGAUUGAUCUGGAGGAGGAAGUGAAAGAGGAAGAGGUGUCGCCCUACGAUUGCCCACACACUCUGCAGGCGGACAUGGUUCAUGGUCACAGGUUAUAACAAGAGGUAAAGGACAGCUUGAUUCAGGAUUAAAGUUCACUGAUUCGCACCUCUCGGCUGAUUACUGUGAAGCCUAAACACUCAAACCUUCGUCUUUCUGACUGCACCGUAAGAAUACACCUACAUGUUUAACACUUUCAAACCUGGAUCGACAUCAGUUUUCGUGUGCUACAUCUUUUAUAAGCUAUUUGCUAUUUUAAAGCUGGAAAAAAAGGUUUGAUUUAUUUUGAAAUCAUUGGGGGAAAGAGGCAAUGACCAACUUAAAG